AUGUUAUCACAUGAUACACUUCAUUCAAAACGAGUUAUUAAAAUACAAGAUUUAAUAAAACAUUAUGAUUCAUUAUUAGCAAGUGGACAUGAAUCUGAAACACAUGUUAUUGUUAAUAGUGUUCAAAUUGAAGAUGAUAAAUGGAAACGUCUUUCACGACAAAUUGUCGAUUUACUUCUUGCUCAUUUACAAUCUCAGGUUAUUUCGAAUGUUUUAAAUUAUUAUGAUUAUCAUUUUAUAUCUCAUUAUUAUUACAAUGGACACAUUCUGAAUAUGCUUGAUUAUACACAAGAAGAAUGCUGGUCAUCGAUAUUAACACCAUCAUCAUCAAGAAUACAUUUAUCUAUCAGUGGUCAAUUACAAUCUUAUUGUGAUUUAAUAUAUCAUCAUGAAUUAUAUGUUGAACAUUUUACAUCAAUAACAACACAUUAUCAAUUAUUAUUAUUAUUUUUUAUUUGA